CAGUGUGGACGAUCCAUUUCCUGUGCUGCCUGCUUGCUGGGGGGACCCGGACAAUGGGAAGAGCUGGAAGGAGGGAAUGUGAUCGGGGAGCGGAGCCCGGACAUGUGUGAGCCUGCUGGGCGGGAGGAGUGCGGGGAGAGCCGCCUGGACUACAUGGAGAUCGUCUACUAUGACCGGAGCUCCGAUCUACCACGGCAUGAGGAACACUACUGAUACUGAAUGUGCAACUGAAUGAACUGUGAAAGGGAAUGAAGCCUCACCACUGUCUGCAGAGGUAGCCGGACCGGAGGCGAGAGAUGAAGCUCAAUGAGAGGAACUUGGUCUAUUAUGCCACCUGCAAGUCACCGGUGGACAAAUGUGGGUUCUUGUAUAAAAAGGGUGAGCGCAAUGCUUCCUAUCAUAGACGCUGGUUUGUGCUGAAGGGUAAUAUGCUCUUUUACUUUGACACUGAAGAACGUAAAGAGCCUCUCGGAGUGAUUAUACUGGAAGGAUGCAGAGUGGAGCUAUGUGAGUCUACCGAGGAAUUUGCUUUUGCAAUCAAGUUUGGCUAUGCCAAAUCCCGUGCCUAUGUUCUUGCUGCUGACAGCCACAGCACAAUGGAAUCCUGGGUAAAGGCUCUUUCCAGGGCAAACUUUGAAUACAUCAGACUUGUAGUAAAGGAACUCCAGGAGCAGCUUGUGGAAAUUAAGAAAAAUCAGAGGGCUCUUGGUGGAACUCAGCACACGACGGAAGUAAAUUCCAGUUUCCACAGUGACUGCCCCGCAGCCCCUGAUAUUCAAGAUAGGCCUUUUCUAAAGGACAAUGGCAGUGUGCCAUGGAAUAGCACUACAGAUAAUGUGCCCAAUGGUGUCAUUCAUACAAAUGGACCAAAAUAUAAAUACAUCACAAAAGGGCACUUGGGAGAUAACUUGGGGGAGAGCGCCCAGCUCUACUCCAUGGCAUCGGAGAAGAGUCUGCAGACCGACAGCAGUGCAGAUGAGGCAUGUGCCAGUAAUCGGGGAACUGAAGACCCUGCCAGCUUCUCCAGGCUCCAUGACUUAUUUGGUAAAGAAAUUCUGGAACUAAGAACACAGUGGGCUGAAAAGUCAUGAGCGUUAUGCCGAAAAUCUCUGCCUAAAGGUUCAUUCCACUCAAAAUGGAGAUCUAAAAUUUGGGUUUGAUUGCUUUUUAUAUCCUUUAUAGACUCAUGUGAUGAGAUCUCUACACAUGAGUUCCCAACUCGCCUACCCGCUGCAGCCGUUGCGUGCGUCUAUGGGUGCAGGAAGGAGGAUUGUGAGAUAACACCUGAGAAAUCUGACAAUGAGACCUUUUUGCUGGAUUUGCCAGGAGAUUUCAAAAGUCUGCAAGAUAUUCAGACCAGAUGUAUCCAAUCAUAGUUGAAACAUCAGUUUUUGGGUGGACUGACCUUUAUUUACCUGAAUCAAUUAUAAAUUCUUCACCAGUAGCCUAUAUUUACUGCCACAAUUCCGAAGCCACUAUUUUAGUCCAUUUUCUUUUUUUUACAACUUGUUUUGAGCACAAAUUGACUUGCACUGAUGUAACAAGUUGAUCAUAAUGAGAUGUAAUACUUUGAUCAACACAGACUUAUCAUUUGUAAUGUCAGUUAUGGCACUGAGAAUGUGAACUUGCUUGUAGUAAUGAAAUGUUAUCUGAUCUAGAAUUGUCGUGACCAAUCACAUCCUCUAGUCAGUGCAUUGUAGUUUUUUGCACAAUUGUAACUUUUUAGUUUUUUUUAAUACUGUGAUGUUAAUAUAUGCGCUGAUUUUUUUUCCAAACAUAAUUGGGGUAGAAUGAUUCAGGUUGAGUUCUAUGAUAUAUGAGCUCACCAGUUUUAUAUUUUAUCAGUUGAUACAGAGGUAGUGACAAUAUCUUUUAUGAAUCUUUUUAUGAAAAUACUAUUUGGA